ACUUCCUAGUUUAUUUUGUUAGCAAUAUUUGCUUAACUUGUGAAUUUGCUAACUCAAAAAUCAUAUAUCAUGGCUUCUUCUUCUUCUUCCCUCACAAUUGUGGCUUGCCUUCUUUUGGUUACUAUUUGUAGUACCAAUGCCCAACUCUCCACGAACUUCUACUCGAAAUCGUGUCCCAAUCUCGAUUCUACUGUCAAAUCUGUCGUACAAUCCGCUAUUAGAAAAGAGGCUAGGAUGGGUGCUUCUCUUCUACGUUUGUUCUUCCACGAUUGCUUCGUGAAUGGAUGUGAUGGAUCACUUUUACUAGACGACACAUCUACUUUCACGGGUGAGAAGAUGGCAAUUCCCAAUAAUGGCUCAGUUAGAGGAUUUGAAGUCAUUGACCAAAUUAAGUCAGCGUUAGAGAAAGCUUGUCCGGGCAUUGUCUCAUGUGCUGAUAUAUUAGCAAUCACAGCUAGAGACUCCGUUGUUGGUCUUGGAGGACCAACUUGGAAUGUAAAGCUAGGCAGAAGGGAUGCUAGGACAGCUAGCCAAUCCGCUGCUAACAACGACAUCCCACAACCAACUUUUAGCCUUAGCCAACUUAUCUCUAGCUUCCAAAAGCAAGGCCUUUCUUCCUCUGAAAUGGUCGCUUUAUCAGGCGGACACACCAUUGGACAAGCAAGAUGCACCAGUUUUAGGACUCGUAUUUACAACGAAAAGAACAUUAAUUCGGCAUUUGCAAAAACAAGGCAAGCAAAUUGUCCAAGUACUAAUAACACAGGGGACAACAACUUAGCACCUUUAGAUGUCCAAACCCCAACAUCCUUUGACAACAACUACUACAAGAACAUCAUUAACCAAAAGGGUCUUCUACACUCUGACCAACAGUUGUUCAGCGGCGGUUCCACCAACGCGCUUGUCCAAACUUACAGCAGCAACCCUAGGCGAUUUAGUUCCGAUUUCGUUGCAGCCAUGAUCAAAAUGGGUGACAUUAAGCCGCUUACUGGAUCCAAUGGUGAGAUCAGGAAGAACUGCAGGAAGACUAACUAAUUAAAUCAAUUAGGAAGUUGGUGAUAUGAUUUUGUUGUAGUUUGAUUUAAAGGGGCUUAUAUAAAUGCCUUAUUAGUCUUUAUUUAAGCAAGAUUUGUACAAUUUAAGUGUUUGAAGCUUUCAUACUGUUUUCACAAUUGUAGAAGUUGUUUUUCUGAAAUUUCAAAAAUAUCAAAUGUAACAAUAUGCUUCUUUGUUAAUUGCAUUAUCUGGACUUUUCAUAC